UUUGAACUUUGAAGGGACGAAGUUUUUGAUUCAGGUGUUAAUUAUCAAUCGAAAGUCGAACCCCACUGUUCCAUUAAGGCGUUAACUAUCUCUAUCUGCAAAUCCUUCUCAAAGAUCCAUUUUCUCUCUCUAAAUCAACCUUAAAGCAAAGAAAGCUAAAAACCAAAGGCAUUGAGCCAUGGCCGCAAAGAUGGGUUCUUUCAGGUACACCUUCGCCGAGAAGCGAGAGAGAGACAGGCUAUACUCCAUAAAGGGUGGGUAUUCUGAGCUUCCGGGCUUCCCUAGCUUGGAUUACCUCGACGGGCGACCCACCAGCUGCUGUAGCUACCGGAGCAUCCGUGAGAAGGUCACUAGUUUCUGUCGGAGCUUCCAGGAUGUGGCGUACAACGCCUGGAAGAUGGGCGUGUCUGAUCCCAGGAAGGUUGUGUUCUCGGCGAAGAUGGGUUUGGCUUUGGUCCUCAUCUCUUUGUUGAUUUUCUUGAAGGAACCCUUCAAGGGGUUGAGCCGGUACUCUGUUUGGGCCAUUCUCACUGUUGUGGUCGUCUUUGAAUUCAGUAUUGGAGCCACACUUAGCAAAGGAUUUAAUCGUGGGUUGGGGACAUUAUCAGCUGCAGGACUUGCUCUGGGUAUGGCUGAACUAUCGGAACUGGCUGGAGAGUGGGAAGAAUUUGUAAUUGUUCUGAGCAUCUUCUUCAUUGGAUUUUGUGCAACUUAUGCAAAACUCUACCCAACAAUGAAGCCUUAUGAAUAUGGCUUUCGAGUGUUCUUGCUGACAUACUGUUUCAUAAUGGUAUCUGGAUAUAGAACGAGGGAAUUCGUCCAUACAGCUGUUACACGAUUCUUGCUCAUUGCACUGGGUGCUGGUGUUUGUUUGGGAGUAAAUAUAUGCAUUUAUCCCAUAUGGGCUGGAGAAGAUCUGCAUAACUUAGUAGCAAAAAAUUUCAUGAGUGUUGCAACUUCUUUAGAAGGUUGUGUUAACGGAUAUCUUAAUUGUGUUGAGUACGAGAGAGUCCCUUCUAAAAUCCUCACAUACCAAGCCUCUGAUGACCCAGUUUACAGUGGCUACAGGUCCGCUGUGGAAUCUACUAGCCAAGAGGAUGCACUGCUGAGUUUUGCUAUUUGGGAGCCACCUCAUGGACCUUACAAAUCAUGUAAUUAUCCAUGGAAGAAUUAUGUGAAAGUAAGCGGUGCACUAAGGCAUUGCGCAUUCAUGGUCAUGGCACUGCAUGGAUGUAUACUUUCAGAAAUACAGGCAUCUGCGGAGCGACGACAGGUGUUUCGUGAUGAAUUGCAGAGGGUAGGUGCUGAAGGGGCUAAAGUAUUACGUGAAUUGGGUGACAAAGUGAAAAAAAUGGAGCAAUUGGGUUCAGCGGACAUGCUAUUUGUAGUGCAUGAGGCUGCGGAAGAGUUGCAAAAUAAGAUUGACAGGAAAUCUUACCUUCUUGUCAAUGCAGAGUGCUGGGAAAUUGGAAAUCGAGAAAAGGAGGUGGUAGAGGCCUUAGACUUGAUAAGUUUGAAUGAUGACCAAAAUAGAAUCCUCGAGUUCAAAUCUCGCAGUGAAGCUGUACUUGAUCUCAGAUCACUUAUUAUACCUAAAAGUUGGGACGCUCAAGAUGCUAAAACUGAAGCCACUUUGCCUCCAAAUGAUCCACCCAUAAAAUUGUUCAGGGAACAAUUAUCGAUGCCUACACAUAUUUCGUUCGAUGCUGAUGGAAAGGCACCAGUGGAAGAAUCUAAAACUUAUGAAAGUGCAAGUUCGUUGUCUUUAGUGACGUUUACAUCACUUUUGAUCGAGUUUGUAGCGAGACUCCAAAAUGUUGUUGAUUCCUUUGAGGAAUUAAGUGAGAAAGCUAAUUUUAAGGAUCCUGUUGAUGUUUCAGUUGCUGCAGAGCACGUGGGGGUUUGGACCAGACUGUGUGGACCUCUGAAGUUCUGGAGGUGACUUGUAACAAAUCAAAUCUUCCCUGGAGCUGUGUUCAGUAUAUUAUAAAUUUAUAACAUAGGACUCGAUGAUUCGCGAUUCAAGAUGGUCUCAAUUAUGAACUAGAUCGACGUCUCUACCACUGACAUGACACCAUAAUAGCUCGAAGGUUCUGCUGCUGCUGCUGCUGCUACCCUCUCUAUUAUAGGGAAUCAUAAUCCAGAAAACAAUCUAUCUGCUACCACCAAGAGGUCGAAGGAUUCAGUUUUUGAUGAUGGUUAAUCUAGUUUUGUCUUGGUUCUUUCAAUUGUAUAUUCAGAACAUCAGGACAUCGACAAGGGAUCAUACUGAUGUAUUUUGUUGUGGAUGCAGGAAAAAUUUUUGGAAGCUACAUAAAAUAAAUUAAAUAAUAUUCCAUCUUGUCAUUUGUAUCA